UAACUCAUUGACCCUACGUUACAUCAGACACAGGAAGCUGUUUGUCUUGGAUGCUUUUUUUUUUUAGCAAUACAAUACAUUUAGGCUGUUUGUGUUUUCAGUUUUUUUGAUUAAUUGAUUUGAUUUGUGUAUCCUCUAAAAGCUUCAAUUGCAAUAUUUACACAUAGUGGUAUAAUAUCAGAUGGAAGACCCGGUGAUUAAAAUUAAUUUUUUUUCACCGAAUGGCUCCGGCAACUUCACACAACAGAGCCCAGACGGACUUCAAGAAGAUAAAGGUCCUCUCAAAGCGCUCGGUGAAGCCAUGCUUUGCAAAGUGUGCUCCGAUUCAAGCAGCGGGAAACACUACGGCAUAUAUGCAUGCAAUGGCUGCAGCGGCUUCUUUAAACGCAGCGUACGGCGGAGACUCAUCUACAGGUGUCAGGCUGGGACGGGCCGAUGUCCUGUUGACAAAGCCCAUCGGAACCAGUGCCAAGCCUGUCGACUAAAGAAGUGUCUCCAAGCUGGCAUGAACAAAGAUGCGGUGCAGAAUGAGCGUCAGCCUCGAAGCUCCUCUCAUGUCAGUCUCGACUCCAUUAAUGUGGAGGCCAAGAAGAAAGACCUGGUGACCACGCAGGACCUGCCUGCUUCCGAUCCCUAUUUAUCUGUUAGAUUUAGACCCCUGGUCUCUUUGUCUGCGAUCAGUUCUGCGUCUAUUCAGCCCUGCAGCAAUCCAAAUACUCACCGCUUUAUGGUCAGCUUGCUGACCGCAGAGACUUGUACCAAACUGGAGCCCGAGGAUGAUGAGGAGAAUAUCGACGUGACAACAAACGAUGCAGAGGAGAGCUCUUCGUUAGACGGCAGCAGGCUCACAUACUCCUCCAGCUCUUCAGAAAGCUUCUACGAGACAUCAGCCCGACUCCUCUACAUGUCUGUGAAGUGGGCGAAAAAUUUGCCCGCUUUUACACACUUGCCAUUUCGAGACCAGGUGAUUCUGCUGGAAGAAGCUUGGAGUGAGAUGUUCCUCCUGUGUGCCAUCCAAAUGUCGCUACCCAUGGAUAGAUGUUUAAUUCUGUCUCCGGAGCUUUCCCCCACUCAUGAGGCUAAGCUCAACCUCGCCUCAUCUGAGCCGCAGAUUCUUGAAGAUGUAUUCGGCCGUUUCAAGGCUCUGAUUGUCGACCCGACUGAAUUCGCUUGUCUGAAAGCAAUAGUUUUGUUCAAGCCGGAGACACGCAACCUCAAAGACUCGGGGCAGGUUGAAGAUCUGCAGGACCAGUCACACUUGCUAUUGGGUCAGCACAUUCAGUCGGAGUACCCCGGCCAGUCCGCAAGGUUUGGGAGGCUCUUACUUCUGCUACCGUCUCUGCGUUUCGUGAGUCCAAGUAAGAUAGAGCAGCUGUUCUUUCACAGGACAAUUGGCAACACACCCAUGGAGAAGCUGCUGUGUGACCUGUUCAAAAACUGAAGGUGCAUAAACAGAAGCUGCCCCAAAAACCAUCCUUGUUUCAUGUUCCAACUGUGGCAUCCGUGUGUUGUAUCUUAGCAGUGAAAGGUUUUGUCUACUGGAUCAUUUUCAAUGAGAGUGUGUUUCUUCUGUGACUGAUUCGAGAAACUUUCAGAAAAAGAUCAGACCUCUUGUUUGUUUUUACCACAAGAACAUUAACACAAUUAAUGAAAAAGGCCUGAUUUGCUUCAAUAUCAGUAUUUUAGUUUUGUUUAUCUCAGGCUUACUCAAGCUUUCCAUUGCAAAAAAAAACUUUCUUUGUGUCAAGGCAUGUAAAUCUGAUAUUUGUGAAUACCUUCCUCAUCAAUAAAGUUUGAAAUUUGGUGUUUAUUUGGUUUAUUUGAUCAAAAA